CAGUUUUAGUACACUUGAUUCUAUGACGACAAAGGAAAGUUGGAAUAUCUCCAGAUAUAGUCGUCAAAUACUAUUGCCACAAUUUGGAAAGAAAAGUCAGGAGCUUUUAGCGAAAAAGAAAAUCCUCAUCAUCGGUGCUGGAGGACUUGGUUGUCCUGCAGCUUUGUAUCUCGCAGGUGCUGGGAUUGGUACUUUAGGGAUUGUCGAUAACGAUAUGGUUGAAAUAAGCAAUCUUCAUCGACAGAUUGGACAUAAGGAGAGUUUAUCUGGCAAGCCCAAAGCGGAAUCUCUCAGAGAAACGGUACAGAACUUGAAUUCUUCCGUUCAGGUGCAUAUCGUUCUACAAAGAUUGACCCAGUUCAAUGCCAUAGAAAUCAUUGCAGGUUAUGACAUUGUUCUUGAUUGUACUGACAAUGUUUUGACGAGAUAUGUCGUCAACGACGCUUGUGCAGCUUUAAGCAAGCCUUUGGUUUCAGGAGCAGCCAUAGGAUGGGAUGGACAAAUAACUGUUUAUAGUGCCUCAGUAGAUUGUCCGUGUUAUAGAUGCAUCUUUCCUGAGCCUCCUCCUCCGAAGUGUGUUGGAAGUUGUGAUGCCAGUGGAGUAUUGGGUCCCAUUCCUGGUGUGAUUGGCUGUUUGCAAGCUUUGGAAUCCAUCAAGUUGGCUGCCAAUAUCGAAGAUGCAGAACCUUUGAUAGGUCGCUUACUUGUAUUUGAUGGUUUGGAAACGAAAUUUAGAACCUUUCAGCUCAGAAAGCGCAGUUCGAAUUGCAUCGUUUGUGGUGAUUCUUCAGAAGACUUUAGUAUAGUUGAAUAUGAUUAUGCAUCCUUUAUUGGACUCAACGAAUCUUUUACUAUUCCUAUUGAAAAGCGAUUAUCUCCUUUGGAAGCCAAAGCAAAACUUGUACUAACAAAUGGCCUUUGGAAUAAUGAUUACUUUUGUGUAGAUGUGAGACCUUCUGUUCAAUAUGAGUUGUGUCAUAUUGAAGGUUUUCAUAACAUUCCAUUGGAAGAACUUUCUUCCAAACAUGAAGAGAUUGAACAACAAGCAAAUAAUGGAAAAAGUAUUGUUGUGAUUUGUCGUCGUGUUGGGGUAUUCGUAAUGUUUAUGAUAUUAUAGGUGGAAUCGAAGAAUGGAGGACGCAUUGUGAUCCUU